CUUAAAUAAGCUGACGCUAGAAGAGAAUAGCACUUUCUCGUAGGUUUUACAGCACGUAGCAGCAGCAGCAGCAGCAGUGAUGAGAGGCUGUAUAUUCCUCGCUGUGUUGCUCACCCUGGUCUUGAGCAUUGUGAAAGGAAACACAGCUACAUCUGCAUCGGCAGACUCUUCCUCAACUACAGCAACACCAACUGCAGGAAACACAGCUACAUCUGCAUCGGCAGACUCUUCCUCAACUACAGCAACACCAACUGCAGGAAACACAGCUACAUCUGCAUCGGCAGACUCUUCCUCAACUACAGCAACACCAACUGCAGGAAACACAGCUACAUCUGCAUCGGCAGACUCUUCCUCAACUACAGCAACACCAACUGCAGGAAACACAGCUACAUCUGCAUCGGCAGACUCUUCCUCAACUACAGCAACACCAACUGCAGGAAACACAGCUACAUCUGCAUCGGCAGACUCUUCCUCAACUACAGCAACACCAACUGCAGGAAACACAGCUACAUCUGCAUCGGCAGACUCUUCCUCAACUACAGCAACACCAACUGCAGGAAACACAGCUACAUCUGCAUCGGCAGACUCUUCCUCAACUACAGCAACACCAACUGCAGGAAACACAGCUACAUCUGCAUCGGCAGACUCUUCCUCAACUACAGCAACACCAACUGCAGGAAACACAGCUACAUCUGCAUCGGCAGACUCUUCCUCAACUACAGCAACACCAACUGCAGGAAACACAGCUACAUCUGCAUCGGCAGACUCUUCCUCAACUACAGCAACACCAACUGCAGGAAGCACAGCUACAUCUGCAACAACAGCAGCUUCCUCACCUACAACAACAGCAACUGCAGGGGACAUCUGUAGUUCAAAACCAUGUGGAGAUAAUGCAGCUAAAUGUAUUGCUCUACAUAGCAUUUACACUUGCCUGUGCCCAUAUGGAUUGUACUAUAAUAACACGGAUUGUCACAAAGGGUCGAUAUUCCCAGGGCUCAUUACACUGCAGCUGUCUUACAGUGCUAGCGUUGAACUGGUAAACUCCACAUUGUAUGAAGAAGUGUUCCUCUUUGUAACAGCAUUUUUUAGGAAUGCUUUCAGAACUGAGACAAGCUUUGGACAGACUGUAAUCGUGCAAAUUCAACCUUCACUCAGCAAGAGGUCAGUGGAUACUCCAAUGAGCAUAACGGUGAUGAACAUCUUUGCAGAGGGCUCAAAUGUAACAAAUGAAACAGUUACUUCAGCAAUAGAUGCAGCAGUAGAAGAUUCAGAUAACAUCACUGCAUACAGAGCUACAACCUAUUGUGCUGUUUUUCAAUGCGAUCUCAACACCACAGACUGCCAGGAAGCUACAUAUCCAGAGUGCACUUGCAAAAGUAAUUAUUCAAAGACAGCUUGGGAUGACCGUUCUUGUUCAGAUUGCAAUAGUGAGUGUUCUGUAGCCAACAACAAGUACUGUGCAAAAGAAAGUGGGAUCCCAACAUGCAAAUGUUUGAUCAAUUUCAAAAUGAAGGACGACGGCAGAUGUGUGCCUUGUGCAGUGGGCUACGCUGGAGACAACUGUAAGAACAACAGUGAACUCAUUCUUAUAAUAGUGGGUACAGUGUUUGGAGCCAUUAUCUUGAGUUUCGUGACAGCAAUCACUAUCAUUUUAACAAGAUCCAAACACAAAAAAGAUCCAGAGAAGAAGAGUUUGAUACAGUCGGGAUAUUUCAAUUCAAAAGACUCUGGCAAUACAGGGCCCAGAAUGUUCCCCAGAGUCCAGACUACUUCUGGCCACGUGAACCCAGGAUAUCAGUCAAACAACCCUUAUGUGAUGGAUCACUCCAGCAGUAGUAAAGCUUUGGAGAGCGAUUACGAUGAUGAGUAUGAAAUUGCAAAGGAGCCUGAUGGCUUUAGGCUGCAGCGCAGAUACUGAGUGACCGGAGCUGUAGAAGGAUGGAUAAACACUGCAACAAUGGAUCAGACCAAAGGGUUUCACAGCCUCUCACUAACGCAGUUACUUCAGCAGCAGAGACAACGAAGUCCAUAACACCGAUUCUCUGAAGAUUUUCUACAUGAAGACCACUUCUUGAAGGAGAUAAUGGGCAAUAACUCCCUGAAAUAAGUGAAAAUAAAAAUGAAGCUGAGGGUAGGGAGGAGAAGGGGACUUCAUAAAGAAAAGAAAAGAAAAGAAAAAAAAAGAAAAGAAAAGAAAAGAAAACCUAAUGUGCCUCUAUAAACGUUAGCCUUCCUUCAGGAGGCCUAGUCAUUUGAAAAAAGAGUGAGUAUAGGCAAGAUACCAGGAUUUUAACCCUGUUGUUUCUCAGAUCUCCCCAAGGAAGGUCCAAGCAAUAUAUGAUGCCAAUAUAUGCCAAUAUAUGAUGCCCCAGAGCUUUGUCUGUACUCCAUGUGAGCCAUUGGCAACCUGCACAGCUUUGAGCAGUUAGGACAUUGCCAAAAAGCCCACAAGAUCAAAACUGAUCCUUACGAGAACCUAACCUCCUCUUUACUGUAUCAGUUACCAUCUUUUCCCCUUGUCAGCUCCGCAAUAUUUCAUAUCCAAAAGCAUUCAAUUCAGAUCUCUGCUGGCAUUUGCUGUCUGAGACAAAGGUUUUGUCUGACCUCGUACAAAACCUUCCCUCCCAAUACAAUGACAAGGAACAAUACCUUCAGACGUUAUUGUUCUCCAUCUUGCAUGACUAGAUUGCUUUUACAUUCUCAGUUGCUGUGAAAAGCAUUAUUUUUUUUUCUUUUAUACUCUUUAAGUUUUGAUGGAAUCAUCUCAGCUCUUUUUAUUUUUCAUUUAUUAUAUGCGCUCAAUCCUUUUAAAAAAGGAUCCAUAUUUUACUGUAUAAUUAAGUGUACAUUUACACUAUCUAUUGACUAGCAUUAGCAUUUCUUGUAUAUAUAAUAUAUAUAUAUGCCAACAUAUGUACAUAUAUUUAUAGCUUAAGUUCAUCUAAAGCAUAGUUUAAUUCCAUGUUACGUUUUCUGGGUUUUUUUUUGAUAUGUGCAGAUUAACUUUUCCUAUUAAAUGUGAAUGUUUCUCAGUUCCAAGGCUUCCUUA